CCCCCACUGUUCCUUUCUACAAGAAAUAUGAGAAAAAAACCCAUCUUGAGUUUUUAUCUUUUUUGGUGUUUCUGAUUACUUUUGGGUUGUUUGGUCAAGUGGGUAUAAAACUGUGUUCAGUGUUUUACCCAAAUCAAUAGCACAUAAAAAGGCCCAAUUGGCAAAGGGGAAAGGAAGGAAAAGAGAGAGAAAGGAAAGGAAAGAGAUGGGUUAGGGGGAUGGAAUUGGGAACAUUGAAGGGCAGGGCCUUUUGGGAGAGGCAGAGAUAUCAGGUAUCAGUGUGGUGGCAGCAGCACAGUCAGGAACAGGAAAUCAGGAAGCAGGGACAGAGUAAAGAGCCAACAACCCAUUAACAGGAAAAAGUGUUCUCCAUUAAAAGCUGGAACAGGAAAAGCAAAAGGGCUGGAGUCUGGAUCCCCAAAGGAAUCAUCUUCAUCGUCAUCCUCAGCAGCACCAUCAAACCCUGGUUCUAAAUUCAAGAGAAGGAGGAGAAGGAGAAGAAGAAGAAGACCCACAAAAGCAGUUGUUUUUUCAAGGUCAGCAACAGCAGGACCAGUAUUUGUAUGCAAGAUUGGGAGAGACUCAACUGUUGCAGCAACCAACACCGGCGGCAGCAGCUCCGAGGAAACGGUCUUACUUUCCAUCUUCUUCUUCAACUUUUGGGCAGCAAGGAACCGAAUAUGCGAGAAAAAUGGGGGAGAGUCACCGCCAAGCUGCAACAUCGUCAAGAUUGGGGAUAAGGCACGCCGCCGGCGAGAUCGUGGAGGUCCAAGGAGGGCACAUUGUUCGAUCGACGGGGAGGAAAGACCGCCACAGCAAGGUCUGUACCGCAAAGGGUCCGAGGGACCGGCGCGUCCGGCUAUCGGCUCACACCGCUAUACAGUUCUACGACGUCCAGGACCGUCUCGGGUAUGACCGACCCAGUAAGGCAGUCGAUUGGCUCAUCAAGAAAGCCAAACCCGCCAUUGAUGAGCUCGCCGAGCUGCCUCCGUGGAACCCAGAAACAGUGACGAACACUGUCCGGACUCAAUCGAAUAAUCAGCAGCAACCCACGACGAGCAAUGAGAAGGAUUAUCAGUUUCAAAUCCACCAAGGUAACGUUAUUGAGAAUCUCGCUGCAGGUUCAGGAAGCAGCCGGAGGACGGCUACGAUAGUGGGGAGUGAAGUUCAGAAUCUUCAACAAGGGGAAAUGGGUGAAAAUCCGAACUUCCUCCCGCCGUCUUUAGAUUCUGAUACAAUCGCCGACACAAUCAAGUCAUUCUUCCCAAUGGGUGCGUCAACGGAGACGCCGUCGUCUUCAAUACAGUUUCAGAGUUACCCACCAGAUUUGCUGUCAAGAACCAGUAGCCAGAGCCAAGAUCUGCGCCUUUCGCUGCACUCAUUUCCGGAGCCGAUUCUUCUGCGCCAACAAGCUCCGACUCAGACGCACCAGAGUGAGCCGGUGCUGUUCUCCGGAAGCACCCCACUAGGGGGCUUUGAUGGGUCCUCUGCUGGAUGGGAGCACCACCCACAUCCGGCAGAGAUUGCCCGUUUCCAGAGAAUGGUGACCUGGAACACUGCUGGUGCAGAAACUGGUAGUGGAAGUGGCGGCGGCGGUGGUGGAGGACUAAUCUUCGGUUCUCCACACCCGCAGUCGCUGCAGCCUUUUUUCGGCCACAACAACCAGUUGUUUUCUCAGAGGGGACCCCUUCAGUCCAGUAACACGCCCUUGAUUCGUGGUUGGAUAGAUCAGCCAAUUACCGCCACCACCGAUCACCACCACCACCACCACCAUCAAAUUCCACAUACCAUUCAUCACCAACCUGCGAUUUCCAAUAUCGGAUUUGCCUCUUCUGGUGAAUUCUCUGGAUUUCGCAUUCCAGCACGAAUUCAGGGCGAAGAAGAGGAGCACGACGGCAUGCACCAUAAGCCGUCCUCUGCUUCCUCUGACUCUCGCCAUUGAUUGAACAAUGAAAAAGCCAAAGUCUUUUCCCUCUAUCAUGGGUUUACAAUUAUUCAACACAAAAUUGACGAGGAGAUGAUGGAAAAUUGUUUCUUGACUGCUUUGAGGAUAUAUUUUGGUGACUUGGAAUCAAUGGCCAAUAACGCGGGAAGAAAUCUGGAUGGAUUUCAGGUUUUCCGAUCCCGGGUUUGUUUAGUUUUUAUGAUUUCAAUUGAUUGUACUGUUGUUGUUCUUGUAUCUUCAUGCUUGAGUGAGCUGCUAGAGCUGAACUUUGCUUGAUGAAUUUGCUAUGUAUUUCGUGUUGCUAGACUUUGAAUGCCAUGAGUGUGUGUUUGGUGUUAUUGCUGCUGUUGGUAGGAUUUCUAUUAAGA